UGCAGCUGCGGAAGGGAGAACUCAGGACAGGAUCACCAAGCUAUGUGAAUCUGGAUCCUACCCAACAUUCCUGAGCCUGAUUUUGCUCCCUCUUGUGUGAAAUGUGACACAGAACAAAACAAUCAAAUAAACAAAUGUCAUUAAAACCCUACUCAAGAGGAGGUCUGUGACUGACUCCACAAGUUGAACGUGACUGUUGAGGCUACAGGUCAACUUCUGUCUCUGACCGUCUACUGAAAAAACCUGAAAAAUGAGGCCUAGAAUGAAGUAUUCGAACUCCAAGAUUUCUCCAGCAAAGUUCAACAGCCCAACAAGCAAAGCCCUGGUCCCGCCUUGCAAAAUAAGAAGAUCCCAACAGAAGACCAAAGAAAUCUGCCAUGUCUACUGCAUGAGGCUCCGUUCUGGCCUCACCAUAAGAAAAGAGACUGGAUAUUUUGGGAAAGAACCCACAAAAAGAUAUUCAUUAAAAUCGGAUAACAAUCAUGAAAAGAGCUUCUCUGCCUAUUCACCGGAUUCUAGGAAGAGAUCCCUGCUUGGAAGUAUCAAAGCAUUUGCUGCGUCAGUUGACACACUGAGUAUCCAAGGAACUUUACCUUUAGCACAAUCUUUUGCCUCCCUGAGCACGUACAAUGACCAAUCUGUUAGUUUUGUUAUGGAGAAUGGAUGUUAUGUGAUCAAUGUUGAAGAUUCUGGAAAAGACCAAGAAAAAGACAAGGUGCUGCUGAGUUACUAUGAGUCUUCCUUUCCUGCAAGUCAAUCAGGUGAUGGUGUGGACGGGAAGAAGCUGAUGGUGAACAUGAGUCCUGUCAAAGACAGAGACAUCUGGCUGAAUGCCAACGACAAGGACUACUCUGUGGAGCUCCAAAGGGGCAAUGCGUGGCCUCCGGAUCAGGCCUUCUUCGUCCUUCACAAAAAGUCCUCUGACUUUGUUUCAUUUGAAUGCAAGAAUCUUCCUGGCACGUACAUAGGAGUAAAAGAUAACCAGCUCGCUCUCGUGGAAGAAAAGGACCAGAACUGUAACAAUAUCAUGUUUAAGCUCUCUAAAGUGUAAUGCAAUAAAGAGCCUGUGGGUUCUGGGUUGAAUGACUUAUGUUUGCAACUGAAGGAAGGCUAACAGUGAGAAAGAACAUCUUGGUUUAAGAUGAUACGGAAUGUUAUUAUAUAGAAAAAUUCUUUUAUUUCCUUUUGCACAGCUACAUGUUCAAUAAACACAUGAAUAUAUGACUUAGGGCAUUGGGGAAGAAACUGAACAAGAAUCAACCUUGCCCUUUCCUUUGUUCCACUUUGAGUCCCAUAUGAAAUCACACUCACAGACCUCUUCAGAAGAGCACGCACCACAGCUUAUAUUUUGCUUUAGAGGGGGUCCAUUUCAAAAACCAUCAUAAAAACAAAACAACAAAACAAACAAACAAAAAACUUACACAAUUUUCCCUGCUUCUAAACAAAAGAUUGUAAUACUAGAGCAGUUAGUGGGAGGACCCGCUAGAGGGAGGACCAGCUAGGGGGAGGACCAGCUAGGGGGAGGACUACCUGCUGCAGAGGCUGUUUCUCAGUUAGAAUAAAAUGCCAAAUGCCUCCACAGAUGCCUCAGGCAACCGGCAGAUCAACCUUUUCUGUCGAGAACUGUAGUUAGCACUCCAGAUGCCUAUAUGGCUAGUCAGACCUGGGAUAAAUGCAUGAAAGACAAGAUAACUGAGAAACAAAGAAACAGAAAGUCUGUGUUUGUGAAGUGGAGUGAUAUGGCCUGUGCUUGUUUCCUUCUUAAAAUUCCACUUUUUUGUUUCAACACAGCAAUUUAACUUUAAGCAAACCAGCUUAUGUUAGGAAAUGAAAGACACUUCAGUUCAUACCCAAGACUGUAAUCACUGACUAUAUUCAACAACCUUUAAGUCUUCUGUAGGAAGUGAAUAGGAUGUAUACUAGUGUAUCCGAGUAGAAUGGGGUCUCAUGGUGCAGUCAGAAGUCCUCUUACUAGAGAGACACUAAGUUAAACUCAAAUUUUGCAUAGCCGGUGAUGACACACUGUGAGCGGCAGCUUUGGAUGAAAUGUUCCCACUGUUUGCCUUCCUUAUGCACGCAUUAUGAUCAGCUUCACAGCAACAAUGCUCACACUGGAAUAUAUUAGCUUAACCUCUGCCCCUUCUUUGGUUCUUUUAACCAACCUAUCCGUAACAGAUCUGUUAUUCCCCGAGCUUUGUUUCUGUUUUCCCUGACGUCUAUAGGCCAACACACUUAUUCCUCUAUAUUUAGUCUGCACUGCAGAAUUUUACGUAUACCUACUGGUUACAAGGUUGUUCCCUAAACUUCUUUUGUGUUUUACUGUUAUUAAAGUAGUAAAAUUUGUAUUCAACCAUGGAGUAUUAUUUUAAGCCACUAAAGGAAUAGUUGUGCUUAUUUAGACAACAGCAAUUUCCACUACCUUUUUAUAUAGGCUUAACACUUACGUGUUUUAAGACUUAAAAUGAUAAAGACAAUAAGAGAACAUUGAUGGGAUAUAAUAUGACCAUUUCUGAAAGGGUUAGCUCUUAACUUCCAAUCGAGGAAGCCCUAUUGUAUGCGAUAGCUGGGGGGAUAUACGAUUAAAGAGGCUGGAAACCGCUGUAUAGGGUUAUACAACUAUAACAGAUAUAAUUUUUUUAUUAAAUUUGUCAUAGUCUUACUGUAAAGGAAAGAAAAGUGUAAUCUACAUCAUCCCCCUGGAAACCACAAUGUUGACUCUAUGAAUCUGUAUGAUAUCCUUAAAAUAGUAAUUAAGUAGCCAAAUGCAUUCUUGACGUUGUUUAUAACUUUAAAUAAACUAUUUUUCAAAACCA